UUCAAAUCAGAGCGAAAUCUUUGACAACAUCUACCUGAAUACAAUCACUGAGAUUCCAGGUUCUGCAGGUGCAUCUGAAAGAAGAAAAUCGAAGUUCCCCAGCCUGUCUGCAAGGCGUCUGGGGUUCCUGUGUGUUCUCCUGCUGACUGUAAUCAUUAUACUGUGUAUAAAACACAGCAUUGACACGCAUCAAAUGUGGAGAGAUCAUGAGAACAUGACUGUACAGAGAGACCAGUUACUGACCAGGUAUAACAUCGUGACUAUAGACAAGAACAUUUUACAGAGCAGUUAUGACACCAUAAACAUGGAGAAAAACAGGUUACUGGACCUGAACAACAACCUGACUUUGGUGAGAGAUGCACUGCAGAAGAAACUCAGUAAAAUGAGUGAGUCCUCUGAUGUUAUUGUUCCUGCAGGUUUUUGUUUAUAUCCAUGGAAGAGUUUCUCAUCCAGCUGUUAUUUAUUGUUCUCCAAGAAACAAAGCUGGGAGCAGAGCAGAAAGGAGUGUAAGAAUGUAGGUGCAGAUCUGGUGAUCAUCAACAGCAGAGAGGAACAGCAAUUUGUUUCAGAUUUCAAAAUGAAAAUGUGGAUUGGACUGACUGACCAGGACCAGGAGGGACAGUGGAAAUGGGUGGAUAACACACCUCUGGAAUUUGGGUACUGGAGGAACAGUGAGCCGAAUGACUCGGGUAAUGAGGACUGUGCUGAGCUUGUAUCUAAUAAUAACAACACACCAGACUUACUCAACUGGAAUGAUGUUCAAUGCACUCAUGAUCUUUAUGGGUUGUGUGAAAAGAAGAUGCAGUAA